AUAUAAAAAUCGAAAGAGUCCAAGUGACGGAAGAGAUUGUUGGAGAAAUAUUGCUUCUCUGGACUCUCUUGUUUAAACCAUGGAGUCAGGAGCCUCACUGGGCGUUUGGAACAGCAUUCAGCCAACAGGUUUCACCAGUAGGUCAAGCCAUUGCAGACAGAGAGAACUUUCAAAGUCACAUCCUUCUCUGAAUGUGUCAUAUCAUACGUCCAAAGAUUUUUCUUGCAGAAUUUGCUCUUGCAGAGCCACGCCAAAAAAUAGCAGUGUCUCCAUUGCGGAGAGGAAGAUGCCUGUAGAAUGUUCCAGUGAUUUAGACCUCUGCAGUUUAACGGCUUUAUCUCCUUUGGAUGGUCGUUACUGGGGAAAAAUCAAAGAUUUAGCUCCCUUUAUGAGUGAAUUUGGUCUAAUCCGCUUCCGUGUACUGGUUGAGAUCAAUUGGUUGAUUAAACUUUCACAAAUUCCAGAAAUCACAGAGGUUCCAAGCUUCACAGAGGAAGCUCAAACUUAUUUGAAGGGAUUAAUUGAGGGAUUUAGUAUGAAUGAUGCAUUAUCUAUCAAGGAGAUUGAGAGAAGGACUAACCAUGAUGUUAAGGCAGUAGAAUACUUCUUGAAACAGAAGUGCCAGUCCCAUCCAGAAAUUGCAAAGGUAAUUGAAUUUAUCCACUUCUCUUGUACAUCCGAAGAUAUCAACAACAUGGCCCAUGCACUGAUGCUUAAAGAGACUCUUAAUAAAGUGUUGCUUCCUGUCAUGGGUGAAUUGAUUGAAGCAAUAUGCGUCAUGGCAAAGGAGAAUGCCCAUAUUUCUAUGCUUUCUCGAACUCAUGGGCAGCCUGCUUCUCCUACCACUCUGGGAAAGGAAAUGGCAAUAUUUGCUGUCAGAUUAAGUACAGAAAGGAAGGAGAUUUCUCAAGUUGGAUUGCUGGGAAAGUUCGCUGGUGCAGUUGGGAAUUACAAUGCACAUCUUGUUGCGUAUCCUGAUAUUAACUGGCCUAGAAUUGCAGAGGAAUUUGUCAUGUCUUUGGGAUUGAGUUUCAAUCCUUAUGUUACUCAGAUUGAAUCUCAUGACUACAUGGCAAGACUUUUCCAUGCAAUAACCCGGUUCAACACUAUCUUGAUGGAUUUCGACAAGGAUAUAUGGGGAUAUAUAUCCUUAGGUUACUUUAAGCAGAUAACCAAGGCUGGUGAGAUCGGAUCCUCGACUAUGCCUCACAAAGUGAAUCCUAUUGAUUUUGAAAAUAGUGAGGGUAAUCUGGGAGUGGCUCAUGGAGUUCUUUCCCAACUAAGCAUGAAAUUAUCUAUUUCACGCUGGCAGCGUGAUCUGACUGAUUCAACAGUCCUAAGGAAUGUGGGUGUGGGAUUGGGGCAUUCUCUUCUUGCCUACAGAAGUGCACUGCAGGGAAUUACCAAACUUCAGGUAAAUGAAGCUUGCUUAAGUGAAGAUUUAAACCAGACAUGGGAGGUGCUUGCCGAACCAAUACAGACUGUCAUGCGAAGAUAUGGUAUUCCAGAGCCUUAUGAGAAGCUGAAGGAGCUAACCAGAGGAAGGGCAGUUAACAAAGAAAGUAUACAAGAGUUCAUUGAAGGGUUGGAAUUGCCUGAGGAAGCAAAGUCUUAUCUAUUGAAGCUUACUCCUCAUACCUAUGUUGGAGCAGCAGCGGAAUUGGCUAGAACGGCAGUGGAAUUGGCUAGAGCGGAUGUGGUAAAUGGGAGUAAGGUCCUAUAAAUUGGCAGUUGACACCAUGAGAGACGUUAUAAUCAGAAACCGCAAUUUUCCGGGCUGCUUGCACAUUUUGUAAUGGUACUCAAUAUUUCCUUGUAUUCCUUCACCAAUUGACAAAACAGUUGUUGGAGGUUCAGUGAUAGGUCAUGGGAAAAGAAA